AGCACUAUGUCAUUUGAAUUUAUAUAUUUUUUUUUUUUCUGCCCCUGACAAGUUUUAUGUAUGUAAUUUGUAUUUUAUUUUUUAUGGUAUUAUGAGUUGUAUGUUUGUACGCUUUUGUACUUUAAUUAAUAAAAAAAUAGCAAAGACCGCAAGUGGGGCUAUUUGGACGCAGGUCUACUCGUCUUCUUCGGAAGAACGCGGUGUACGUCCAAUCGUCGGAGUCGUGCGUGGUGACGUAGGGCUUCCCAGCAUGCAGUGCGCUAGUGAAGAUGGCGGAAGGCGGCGCGGCGGAUGUGGAGACGCAAAGAGGAGAGAUCGCGACGCUCCUGAAGACGCCGCUGCGCAGAGCUGACACCUGGUAUCUGGUGGACAGUCAUUGGUUCAAGCAGUGGAAGAAGUAUGUGGGCUUUGACAGCUGGGAUAAGUUUCAGGUGGGCGAUCAGAACGUGUAUCCCGGGCCGGUGGACAGCUCAGGCCUGCUCAAAGCCUCAGACCAUGGAGACGUGGAGGGCAUCAAAGAGCAUCUGAUCGAUGAGCUGGAUUAUGUUCUGCUGCCCACCGAUGGCUGGAAUAAGUUAGUCAGCUGGUACGGACUGGCGGAGGGACAGGAACCCAUCGCUCGACAGGUUGUGGAGCAGGGCAUGUUUGUCAAACACUGUAAGGUGGAAGUGUACCUCACAGAACUGAAGCUGUGUGAAGACGGCAACAUGGAUCACCUCAUCACCAGAAGAUUCAGCAAAGCCGACACAAUCGACUCCAUCGAGCGCGAGAUGCGGAAGUUAUUCAGUAUCCCGGACCAGAAGGAAACACGAUUAUGGAACAAAUACAUGAGCAACACGUUUGAACCGCUAAAUAAACCGGACAGCACCAUUCAGGACGCUGGACUCUAUCAGGGACAGGUUCUGGUCAUCGAGCAGAAGAAUGAAAACGGCUCGUGGCCUCGCGGCUCCUCGGCGGCGCUCAAGUCACCUGGCGCUUCCAAUCUCUCUGCUUUACCAAAGAUCUGCCCUUCAUCUCUCACAAACGAUCAUAACAGCAGCUUCAGCGGCCGCAAUAUGAAGAGCUCCAGCUACGGCCUGUCGUCCUACAGUCCGGCGUACAGCUCUUACGAGUACAGUGAUCAGAGCGGCCACGGCGAGAGAGCCGGUCUCUGUGGCCUGUCAAACCUGGGCAACACCUGCUUCAUGAACUCCGCUGUACAGUGUUUGAGUAGCAUUCCUCCGCUGACGGACUUCUUUCUGAAAGAGCGCUAUCUGGACGAGCUGAAUGAGGAGAAUCCGUUAGGCAUGAAGGGCGAGAUCGCCAAAGCCUACGCAGAACUCAUCAAACAGCUCUGGUCGGGCAAAUACAGUUACGUCACGCCCAGACCCUUCAAGACUCAGGUGGGUCGCUUCGCUCCUCAGUUUUCGGGUUAUCAGCAGCAGGACUCUCACGAGCUGUUGGCCUUUCUGCUGGACGGACUUCACGAGGAUCUCAACCGCAUCAGGAAGAAGCCUUACAUCCAAGUGAAUGACGCUGAUGGCCGCCCCGACAAGGUGGUGGCGGAGGAGGCGUGGCAGAACCACAUGAAGCGCAACGACUCCAUCAUCGUGGAUAUCUUUCACGGCCUUUUCAAGUCCACGCUGGUCUGUCCCGAGUGCUCCAAGAUCUCCGUGACCUUUGACCCCUUCUGCUAUCUGACUCUUCCUCUGCCCACGAAGAAGGAACGGACGCUCGAGGUCUAUUUGGUGCGGAUAGACCCGCUGGCCAAACCCAUGCAGUAUAAAGUGACGGUGCCUAAAGUGGGCUCUAUAUCAGAUCUGUGUGCGUCGCUCUCUGCCCUGUGUGGCGCUCCUGCUGAGAAGAUGAUUGUGACGGACAUUUACAACCACAGAUUUCAUCGAAUCUUUGCCACCAAUGAGAACCUGAGCAGCAUUAUCGAGCGGGACGACAUCUACGUGUUUGAGGUGGCCGAGGACACGGAUCAUGUGGUGAUUCCAGUUCAUCUGAGAGAAAAAUACAAGCAGUCAGGUUAUAAUCACACCAGCACGCCGCUGUUCGGCCAACCCUUCAUCCUCACUGUACCUCAAACUCUCAACGAGGACAAACUCUACAAUCUACUGCUGCUGCGGCUCUGUCGUUUCAUUCGCUCCGCCGCUGAGGAGGAGGAGGAGUCUGAGGAGACGGACUCCACCAAACAUCACUCGAUUAACGGCAACGCUACCAACGGUGUCAUGGAGGAAGGCUCGCCCAGUGAGAUGGAGACCGACGAGUCCAGUCAGGACCAGGAGCUUCCCUCUGAGAAUGAAAACAGCCAAUCAGAGGACUCGGUCGGCUGCGAUAACGACCUGGAGAACAGAGCGGUCCCUGAAAACCCCUCUAAAGGCCAGCAGCUGACCAGCCACAGAAAGCGUCUUUUCACAUUCCAGUUCAGCAACAUGGGCAAGACCGACCUGAACUUCAUCAAAGGAGAGUCGCGUCAGAUCCGAUUCCCCGAGGAUCACAUGCGCCUCAGCGAUAGAUGCUAUCUCUCUUUGGACUGGGAACCAGAAAUAAAGAGAAAAUACUUUAAUGAAGCUGCAACCGAGGACUUUGAUAAGCAUGAGAGUAUGGAUUAUAAACCUCCGAAGAAAAGCUUCUUUAAACUGAAGGACUGUAUUGAACUCUUCACCACCAAAGAGAAGCUGGGAGCAGAAGAUCCGUGGUACUGCCCCACAUGUAAGCAACACCAGCAGGCCACUAAGAAACUUGACCUGUGGUCUUUACCGCCGGUUCUCGUGGUUCAUCUCAAGCGUUUCUCCUACAGUCGCUACAUGAGAGACAAGCUGGACUCACUGGUGGAUUUCCCCCUGCGGGAUCUGGACAUGUCGGAGUUCCUUAUCAACCCCAACGCUGGGCCCUGUCGCUAUGACCUCAUCGCUGUGUCCAAUCACUACGGCGGAAUGGGAGGCGGCCACUACACGGCCUAUGCCAAGAACAAGGACGAUCACAUGACCUACAACUUUGAUGACAGCAGUGUAUCUCCAGCCAGUGAGGAGCAGAUAGUGUCCAAAGCAGCAUACGUGCUCUUUUACCAGCGACAGGACACUGUUGAAGGUACGGGCUACUUUGCGCUGGAUCGAGAGGAACCUGAGGAGAAGGUGAAAAUACUCACGGUGCAGGAGACGGCGCCUCAAAGCGAUGAAGAGGAAGAAGAUUUAAAUGACAACGAGCAAGAUCAAGAGCUCGGCCUUAACCGAGAUGUCACCAUGAACACCAAUUGAGAGGAAGAUUGGAGCACGCACCCAAAGCCUUAUGUACAGUUAACGAUGCGGUCAUUGUAAAACGUCCAGAGACGGUACUUUGGUUUGUGAUGUAGCCGGCGGAGUCGCAUGUACGAGCAUUUGGACGUGUUUUGCGUGUAUGGUUGUGUUGUUUUGCGUAGAGGAACACUGAGGAGUUGAACUGUCGAGCACUGCUGACUGCUGUUGCACAAUCACUUUCAUUUCAUUUGCAGUUCAUGAGUUCAUGUCACGCGUCGUAAUCAUCAGUUAGCGCACUAUUCAAAAGACAUCGAGAGGGCACGUAGAUACCUGUGAUACGUCGGCAGAGAGUUUGAGUAAAAGCCGCUUGUGCGGCAGCGCUGACACCAUCAGAGGAAUAAACAAAAGGCUUUAUCAUCGCACGCCCUUUUAAUUCAUGGAUGGUCAUUUUGUGCCAUGUACUGACUCUCUGCGGCCUUAACAAAACCUGACUCUUCUUUGCGGGAUUAUCAAAUUCCGGAUCCUCUCUCAUAUUCUGCCACAUGUCUGUUCAUUCUGCCUUGAAUCGUAGAGAAAGAGAGGCCAAAUGAACAUUCUGCGACCGUGCCGGCUGGCUUCUUGCCUUUGAAUGUUUGCUGGGGUCGGGUCCGGCGGUGACUGCUUUGGCUUUCUGAUUAAUAAACCUGUACAUAUGA